UUGUUCUAAGUGAGCAAAACAAUGGGAACAGUUCCCGUGCAUGAAAUUAGAUGGAAAAAGUGGCAAGCAGGAGACUAAGGAAGGGUGGUAGGCAACAAUCAGCAUCGUGUUGGCGCAAUUCAUAUUGAUUGCCGUCGAGCAGAUUAUAAUAAAGCUGGAAAAAGCACUUACACAUCACUAUUGUCUCUACUGUGUCCAGCAGGAUGCACAUUUUCCGACUGCUUCUGAUAACACUCACCUUUUCAGGAUAGACCAAUUUCUUUGAGAAAUUGCAUUGUCAGAGAUAAAGAAACGGAAGACAGAGAGAGUGACUUCAUUAGCAGUUUUCUCAGAGAGAGAGAGAGCAUUCCUCGACAUUGCAAGAUUUUGGCGUUGUUUCGAUAGACGAUUGCCCGGAGAAGCACAAGAGCGAGAUACUGCAUAAGCUGACGGAAGAGAGUUUCUUCAGUGUGUAAAGGAGGACUGUUUUCAACCAUGGCGUCCUCUAAAAACAAGGCCUUACUUGAAGCUCGUAAAGAUUUGCCCAAUGUUUGGCAUUCCCCACUUAUGUACACAUUGUGCGAUUCUCCUCUUUGGAGUUCAGCUUUUCCCCACAAGCUGUGUCAAGUGGGAUAGGCCAGCUUGAUCUAUCAAGCCGACAUUUGAUGUGAAUUGACUACGAUGGUGCAAUUCUUUUUCCUAUCCUGCACGAGCACGGAAAGGGGUUGGAAGGGAGUGGGUGCCGUUGCGAAAAAGUAGCCUUUAUGAUGAGGGAGGCAUUACUCUAGCCAUGUGCGAUCACAAUAUCUCAGAGAUGAAGUCGGUUCUGAACGCGUUUGGAUGUGUGGGCUUGGCAUGUCUUCGACAGAUUGCUGCUACAGUGUUUUAUGCCCUUAUUGUGCAGCGUAUCAGCUGCGUGGUCGAGCUUUACACGGAGACUGGUCUAGGUUCACAUGCUGUCAGGGUUCCAUGCCCUGUAGUGGUUCGUGCGGCGAAUCUAAAUGUCCAAAGUUUUGCGCAGUGACUGAGGUUUGCUGUUGCUUCACUUUAUCUGUAGCUACUACACGAUUCAUGUUACAGGAUGAACUUCGGAUUCAAAACACAAAAUGCGAUAACUGCAUAAUUGGAACGAUGUUCGUCUUGCAGUAUCUUAAUUGCAUAUGCUCGAUAGUUGCGUGCUUGACAGAUAUACCUCUCAUUGAUGAAGCAGCCCUUAUCACAGACAGAGUAGCAGAUAUUGCAUACUGCAGCGUAUGUGCAUGUAUGCAGACUCAGCACAAAAUGGAGAUGGAUAAAAGGGAUGGACUUAUCGAGCCCCGGGAUGGGACAGUUGUACGAGCUCCUCCAACUCAACAUAUGAUGAAGUAACUAAGCUCUGAUGGCUUCGGCUGUGCUGGCACCCUUUGUAAAUUUCAGGUCAAGGACUUUUGCUCAGGUUGGUGCGAUUUCUGCGCAUCUUUUGCUUUCAUGGGAUCACUGAAAUUAGUUCUUCGAAUCAGCAAACGUAAACCUCCAACUACUCCAACUGUUGGAGCUCUGAAAGGCAAGCUGAGUUAACACUUCGGGGAAAAUCUCUGCCAGUUCAGAGGAGCGAAGUGACAUUCGCUUGCAUUGGUUUAGGUUCUGUCAGCUAAUCUGACUUAAGCAUACUUUCAGAGGGUGCUGACCAUUUUUCAUUGCAUUUUUCAUUGUAUGUGUGUAUUAUGAAACCUACCUUGGAUAUUGUAUAUCAAAUCCUAUGCAGUCAUUGUAUCUGGAUCUCAGGCAAGUGAAGUUUGAAUUCAGUGUACAAGUGCAUUGAACUCUUCAAAAUACAACUACAAACUGAUCUAUUAUGGACAAUGUGCCCGAUAAAAGGGUUUUCAGAACGACUCUUUUGUGAUCUUGAAUCAGAACGUAUAGCAUUAUAUGAGGCAAAGUUGUAUCCAAAGGCAUUGAUGACAGAUCUUAGGACUAAGUUAACACCGGCUCUUGGGGUAUCCGAAGAACUGUCAAUAUUACUGACACAGAACACUACAGUUGCUUUUAUCAAGAACAUUCUACUCAAUCUUGGUAAAGGUUCUUGGGGGGCACUGUCACAAUCUGUAUGGUAGUUGGAGAAGCAUAUUGCGAGGUGGAAUCCUGG